ACGACAUGGGAAGUGAGCGGCCCGCACGGAGAGACGUAUCUGACUCAAGCAUAUGGCUAAUCUGCGUUUUAACAGCGACCCUCGUUAUCACGGGUAUCUGCUGGAGGAUUCAUGAGCAAACGUGUUCCGAGGACUGGGUCACAAAUGGAGAUCGGUGUUAUUACGCAUCCAAGUUUGAAACAUCUUUCCGCCAAGCGAUUCAAGAAUGUUCAAACCGUGAUUCAAGGCUGCUGGAAGUCAAUACAAGGGAUGAAGCGAACUUUGUAUCGCACAGAGUUUUGUAUCUACAGCGUGCAUUCUGGAUUGGAAAAUGCGAACUUAGGAAUGUGAGCUUGGGCCUCCUGCUCAAUGUGUCCCCGGGUCAGUCCGUCUGCAUGUACUGCGAGCCGUACGGAAGAGGUCUCCCUUGCGAUCGUGUUCACCGUUUCAUCUGCGAAAAGUCGGCACUUUUGUUCCCGGAUAUUCCUGAAAAGAUCCAGGAUCUCUGCCAACAGUCGACAUGAAUCAAGUGACUACCUCCAUUUUCUCCUCCUUCUCUCUCCUUCACUCUCACUCCUAAAUCCUUUCAAAUUCCCUCCUCACCAUCUAUGUCCCUUCCUCCUACUGCAUCUGCUCCUCUUGUCGCCAUCAUAUUCUCCCCACCAGACACCGACAUUGUCCUCUUCGUUCUCGCCAUUCCUCCCUGUCCCGCUCUUCCCCGCUCCCUCUUCCUUUCUCUCUGCCCUCGCCUCCCUUAUUUACCCGACCUUUCUCCGCCCGCACUUUCUCUGCUCCCUCUGCCCACCUCUUACACGUUUCUGCCAUUCCCUCCCGCAGGCGCUCUGUACCUCCCCUCCUCGUUCACUCUAAACCCGCCGUUUCCAGAUCUCCCUCUCUCUCUUUCUGUUUUCCACUCACUCUCACCUCAAUCCUGUGCCGUCUGGUUCUCGACAACCCAACCCUGGGUGAAAGUCUGUGCACAUUCCCUCCGUCUGUGCCCCUCUGGGGUUUAUGGAAUUCUGUAAUGUUAUAACUACACUCCAGUCCCAACCUUCCCUCCCUCCCACCACAACUCAGUGCUCCGUUUCGGCAAUAUCCCCGUAGAACUCCCUGUACAACAUAUCCAGUUCACUGACAUUUUUCCUAAAGCAGGGCGGCCUCACCGACGUCUUGUCCCACGGCACCAUGAUCUCCAGACUCCUGUACUCAGUGUGACUGGUGAAGACCAGCGGGGCAAUUGUCCUGUCCACCCUAUCGGAUGCUUUCCACAAGAAUCUCUAUUUCAGUUAUUAUCUGAAACUUUUAAGUCCCAAAAUGUGUUCUUUUGAAUCAUCAGU